AUGCUGGGUAAGCAAGAAGACUGUCGCCAUGGUAACCCUGCUGGUUGCUGUUUUGAUCUACAUUGGUUUUAGUUUGGUGGAUAUGGGCAGAUAUACAGGAAACAGGUUCUGGGCGUCCGUUACUCCUUGCUUUAAGUCCAAACAACAUACCGUUCGCUUAAUAGAACUCGCCCACAAGACACAUUUGGUUUUAGACAGUAUGGGAGUUGACCAUUGGUUGAUGUACGGAUCCCUGUGGGGUCCCCUGAGGGGCAUACCAGGCCCCCUCCCAUGGGAUGAUGACGUUGAUAUUGGCAUGGACGGGAAUGGCGAUUUUAAAAAGAUACCCCUGAAAGAAUUCAAAGCGAAAUUUGAGGCUGCCGGUUUGGUACUGAUAGACAAACUUCAAGAGAGUGGAUAUUUAUCAGUCAAAGGAUACGGCGAAAGUAUAGGAUUAUUUCUUUAUUAUAAUUAUCGAGGCACUAUGAUGCGAUCUGGUUAUGAGUCGUGGCUAUUUUACAUUCACUACAGAUUCCGCCAUAGUUUUCCCGCCAAACUUUUACAGCACCCCCUACCCAAGGUCAAAUUUGGCUCCUUUAACAUUUCUGUUCCAAGAGGGGGUAUGGAGAUAAUGAAGCAUUUAUACCCUACUGAUUGGUGGAAGGUGAUCAAGCCAAAGAGCUGUAAAGAUUAGUGAUAAAAUCAGAUCCAAUAUUGCACAAAAAUCUCUGAGCCAGCCUAGGCACUAGUUUCAUUCGAGGCGUUCCCAGGCCUCCCUACUUUACGCGGUAAAUUAGUCUGGAGUUAUGUGGUCUCAGUGAAAUUUCUAUACAUCACCGAAAUGUACAACCUUGAGGACCUGGGAAUAUGCGCGCGAGAAGGGUAUUAGGCAUGCACUCUUAUAGAAGUGCAAAAUUUUCAAAAAUCUGAAUUUGUAUAUCUUAACUUAUUUUCCGUGACAUAGUGCUCACUUUCGCUUUACAAUCUAAAAGUUGAUAUUGUUAUACGUUAUGCUUACUGUCACCUAUUAUCCCGUCCUUGGGGUGCGAUAUAAGCUGUAGAAAGUGGCGCGCAAUUCGCCACUUUCUACAAAGAGAAACGCGAAGGGAACUGGAGUCAGAAUGUGUACCGCAAAUGUUCCUGGGAUUGCUAAAGGGGACGCGCCUGCGCACCGUUAGCUAUCCGGGAAUUUCAUUUUCUCCCUAUCUCUAGUUGAAGGUCUUUGCGAAAGAUACCAGUUCCCUCCGCGUUUAUAAUUCAUUUAUUUAUCUUAAUUUAUUUUAUUAGCUUCGCCUACUACACAAUAAAAAAAUAAUGAAUUAAAAAGAAUGAUAAACACUGUAUAUACUGAAACAAAGAAUAAUAAAUGCUUAAUUAGGUAAAGAUGCCACAACAGCGGUAAGCGAAUUACAGUGGUCCCAGAGCUUAAAAAAGUAUGUAAAAAACACUGAAGCUGCAUAUGACUAUUAAAAACAACAACGAACACGGACAGACACGUUACGUAGAACGUUACAUGGCGGACAGACGUUUUUCCAGGAUCUUGGGUUCUCUGGAUCGUAGUUAUGUUCUAAGGCAUCUACAUGGUACUGAUACAUGAUGGAUUUGAAUUGACUGAUCCGAAGGUUGCAUGACAGUUGAAGUUCAUUCGCUAAGGUGUUCCAGAUUCUGGUGGUUCUAUUAAAAAAGAUCUCGGAAAGGUGACAAUAUUACAUUUUCUUGAAAUUAAGUGAGAAAAAUUACGGUUGCUGCUGAUCUGGUAGUGCGAGUAACUAAGACUUGCGGAAGAACAGAAGGACUAACUCUAACUGUGCCGGUUUCAGCUUUGAAAAAGAAAUUCAUGUCUAAAAACCCGUGCUAAUAGGAGAUGGGUGAUAAGCCGCCUGUUCCUUUUUGUCUGGUCGCAAAUGAAUGGUACGUAGAUCCAGGAUAUACUUUGUAGCGCGCCUCUGGACACGCUCGGGCUUUUGAAUCAGAUCUAUUGACUGUGGAGUCCAGACUUGCGUGACAUAGCCAAGAUUUGAUCUUACUAGGAUGAGCUAUGCCGAUCGUCUAACAGUACUGCUUUUGACGAGUCUGGUGUCUCUCCGUAUAUAUCCCAGGAGCGUGCUGGCCAUAGCGCAUUGUUCAUUGAAUUGCUUGUUCCACGUGAGGUUAUCCGUGAUGUAAACAACAAGAUCCUUCUCGGCAGAGAGAACUUCAAGCUGAGAGCCGUCCAUAUGAUAGACAAAGAUGACGGUUUUAAGUUUCCUAGUGAUACGCUGCGCUUUGCAUUUGCUGAAGUUAAAGUUUAGGCUAGCAGAAUCUGACCACGUGAGUAAGUCAAACAAGUCCUCUUGAAGUUGUUCUGCAUCGCGCGUUGAUAUAAUUUCUUUAAAAAUCUUUGCGUCAUCGGCGAAAACAGCAAUCUGGCUUGAUCUAACAACAUCUGGCAGAGAGUUCACAUACAGACGGAAUAACAUGGGGCCCAGGAUCGAUCCGUGUGGGACCCAUGAAGUCACAGGUAAGGGGCUUGAUGUUGUUCCCAAUGUAGUCACUCGCUGGGAUCGAUUGUGCAGGUACGAUUCUAACCAUGUUCGCAGGGGUUUCCCCCAAAACCAUACUGAUAGUCUACUGAUGUAGCUUCCUUAGGAGCUUUGCGUGAUUUACUUUGUCAAAAUUUUAAGCUUUUGACCUGUCCAGAUAGAUUAUAUCUACUUGUCCUCCUCUAUCCACCUUUGUGCCAAUUUGGUCAAGAACUUCAACAAGCUGGGUUGCAACCUCGUUCCCAGGCUUCUCUCCUACCCAGGAGAGAACCCUGGGAACGAUUUUGGCUGGGUUGCACAUGACCGUUCAGCAAUGAAGCCACGCUAACAUGCGCUGAUAAGAUUGAAAACAUGGUCCCUAAUAGCAUUGAAUAUGCACCUCUCCAUGAUUUAGGAAACAAUAGAAAGUAGUUAGAUCGGUCUGUAAAUUUCCGCUUGUUCUUUGUUAUCCUUUUUUAAAACAGGAACGAUGAAAUUUUUAACCGCUUAUCGAGUCACUAACUGCGGCUAAAAUUUUGUUAAAGUGGCAUACCGAACAGCCGAUAGUUUAAUGCAUACAUAAUAUGAUGGCCGCCUCUUAGUUCUCAGCGCAAGCGUUAGUUUCUCUAUCUUGCUCCAAGAGUCGGCGCCUUUUUUUUUUUACUCUCGUCCAGGGGAACGGGUAAAGGGGACUCUGGGCGCGAGAUUGCUUUGCCUAGUUUCUAGUCCUCAUUUUGCGCGGAAACUAUGCCUUUCAGGUCACGUGGUACGAGCGAGAUUUUUGUGCAAAUCUUUUCACCAAAAUGCAUUGACCGAAAAGGCUUGGGAAGACACAGUAGAAGGAAAACGCAAGGGAUUGCUCAGAAAGUUGCGAUCUUAUGAAUACAGGGUUCGAUUCAAUUUACUUGCUCUUAAUUAGAUUCACCUUACAAUAAACUAAAAGGGAGGAGCCUUAAUUGACAUAUCAGAUAAAAGUACCUCGAAAGAAAGCCACUUCUCUCGUCUCUAAUUUGAGCAUUUUUUAUAUGCAUUUGUUGUUUCACAUAGUUCAAGAGUUUUUUAAAACAUGUUUUACCUUUUCCCGAUUGUAGUUCUUUCUUUGCCAAGUUAUUUCGAAGUAGAAACACGACUCGAAUGCUUUGAGUGGCCAUUUCUGUUUUUAUCUUCUGGAUACGGUCUGCCUUCCCCUUUCUUUGGGUUGAAAUUCUGGAUCAAUUUAGGUUUUUAGGAAACUGCCUACCUACCCCUCCCCUAACUCAACGUUAACAUUUGCGUGUCACUUGGGGCAAAAUGUUGGGUUAGGGGAGGGGUAGGUGGGCAGUUUCCUAGAAACCUAAAUUGACCCGAAAUUCUUUUCAAGAACAGGUACUGGUAAAACGCCACUACCAUGAUACCGCUCAGUGAACAAAUGAUUCCAGUCAGAGGACCGACCCAGCUGAAGGGCCCCCUCAUAUCACCAAACCUAAAGCAAAAGCCGACAUCGAUCAACAAAUUCACGAAAGAUUUCAGAGAUAUCCUUGCUCACAAGGGAGACACCUCGCCCUUUUCCUGUAGCCUCACCCCGUAGGGGGUACUCUUGGGAAAUCUUGGUGGGGGUGUGCCGCACUGACCUUCAAAUCCUGAUCCUACUUCAGACCAAAAAAUGUCAUUUUUCACACCCGUUCUCAGACCUGGCCUCUAAAAUCCAUACCCGUUUUCAGACCUUGCUUACAAGCUCGUGAGAUUGACUUGUGACAAGUCUUCUUAGAUUAGAACGCCAACAAAAAAGAUUUCUUAAAAUCUAAUUCAAAUUCGCAUUUUUCUCUUUCUUUUUUAUUCAUUUGGAAUUGAAACGAUAAAUACGUUCAUACACUUCAGUAGUUUCCUCGAAAACCAUACCCGAUUCCAGACUAAAAUGGGCAAAUUCUGUACCCGUUUUCAGACCAAAACGGCGUAAAAACUCUACCCUUUAGGGCGGCACAUAUCUAUAUGGUUUAUAUAAAGGAGUAUCCCCCCCCCGGGGGACCCAACCUUCUUCCAAAUCCCACUUGAACUCAUACGAAGCAACCGGUGACGCAGCGAGAAAGGCUAGAGAGGCUCGUUUAAUACACAAAGGAAACACAUUGUCUCCUUUAGGAAUAAAUAGACGUGACAAAGCUUGUUGAUAUACGAUACUACUGUAACCUUGCCUCCUACACCAAUAACAAUCUAUUGUUUUGAUUUUCAUAUUUUCAAACUCUUAUUUGUAACGAACUUUUAGUUUCAUCUUCAUUGCUUUAGCCCCUGAAGAAGGUUUGUUUUCAAACCGAAAUAUUGGGCAAAUUUGUUUAAAUAUAUAUUUUUUGUUUUAUUCUUUUGUUUACUUCUUCAUCACCUCGCUGUAAGGAUCAGUUUGCCGUUUUAUAUUUUCGACAAGUUAUUAUUCAGGGGCACCCAAAGGCAAUUUUCGGGAAAAUAUCUGUUCGGAAGACGAUUUGAGAGCUAGAAUUUUCGGAACAUUUGUUGUAAAAUUUCUCGCUUGCCUGCCUCUCCUAGGAUUUUCGAACAUUUACAAAAUGGUAUAAUUACCCAUUUUAAACGGAUAUUUACCCUAAAAAAGGCCACCUAGAAUUUUCGGGAGCCUUUUCCUGGCUGAAAUUUUCGAAAAGGAUCAGCUAGGAAAUCCGAACAGAUGAAAAGUUUUUAGGGGAUAAAAAUAUGCCUAUAUCUACCGUUUAAAUACUAAAAUACGUUCAACAAUGCUAUGUUAAUUGGUUUUGAACUAUAUCCUCGUUGGGUGCCCCCGAUUAUUGUACUGAUCCAGGUCUACAACUGGGAGUUCCGGCACCACUCAACGGUUUGUCGCUGUUGACUUGCUCAUAUUUUAUAUUUAAGUAUAGUAGACCCAUGCCUUAAUUAACUUGAGAAGUUCGUGGGUACCAUUUGUCAUACUCUCUGGAGACGCUGAGUAUUGCAAUAAAGUGUUUUGAAUGCCUAUUAGUUCAUAAUAGAGACCCAAGGAUGGGAAUUUGACAUUUUAAGACCUGAAAAUGUCAAAUUGCCCGUGGGUUGCCCCUCCCCCCCCCACCCCCAUCCUGGGGCAAACCACUAAUAGGUGCAUAAUAGGGAGCUUAAGCAACGACGACUGCGACGUCAACGAGGACAGCAAAAAACCAAUAAGUUUAGAUUAGCAAAACAACAACGCCUUUUUUUACAUUUCUUUCCCAUCAUUGCACCACUACGACGUAAAAAUGCCAAAUUUCUUGUUUUGUGGAGGUCGUGGACACAACAUAACGCCAUUUCUUUUUCUUUUCUUGAACUUCGAUACAGUCUUAGAAUUCAACUCCACAAAAUAUUGCCAACAUUUGACGAAUUCAACAAGAUGGAACGUAAAGCGCUAUAAAGUUUGAAGCAGCGCGACUUCACUUUUAAGUCACGUUUUGUAGCCGUCACCGUCGUUGCUGCUUAAAAGAAAGGCUCCCUAAUAAUAGGAAGUUUAAGCAGCGACAUUUAUGGGCGAAGCACGUAAAGCAGAAGUGAACAUUUUUGUCCUUUAAAUAUGCCUUGGCGCUGCCAAAUUUGUAUGCAAAUUUGUAAACUCUUAUAGAGACAAUUUGCCUUAGAAUUUGUUCAAAAUCACAACUGAAGAGUUCAAAAACGGUCCACUUUCGGUUGGCCUAGGUCGCUCAAAAACGUCGUUGCUUAAACUCCCUGUUUUAACAAGCUCUGAGACGAGGGCUUAUAACUUCAUGUAUUUUUUUGUUUACAGGAAAACGGGCCCAUAACUGGGGGGACUUUUAAAGGGGGGGAGGGGAGGGGAGGCUUAAAAGAGGAAGUUUACGGUACAUGAACACUGAAACACGCACUUUUUCACUGAAUGGUACACUUUAUUGAUAAGAUGUAUCCAAAAGUACAAUAAAUUAAGUACACCACAGCCACACGCGUAAACCCCGAAAAACCAAUUUUGGAAAAAAAAUGGGGCCGUGUUCCCCCAACCUGUGCUAUGGUACUGCCUUUGUUGUCUACUGUCUAUAAAUACGAGGAAAAAAUUAACUUAAGGUAAAUAAAAAUAUAUCCACUAGCAGCUUUGCAAUUGAUAAACCAUAAGUUUCUUAUAAUUGAUUUAUAGAAUACAGUAUGACAAUCAUGUUGUUAUAUUUGACGACAAAACUCUGAGAGAAUAUGAAGAAAAGCGCUGGAAAAAUAAUAAAUUUAAAAAUGUAAGUAAUGGUUAUAUAUAGGUCUUUUUCCGGGAAACAUGGCAUUUGGAAACGAGUGACUGAACUUGUGGCAAGUGUUCAGUGAUUGGAUAAGUAGCUGACACGUGAUUUUAAUUUGCUCCCACACAGUCUGUUACUUCCGCUUUUAUGUUUCUUCUCGAUCUCCGGUUGCAGUUGAAGCCUUACAAGAUCAAACGGCAGGAAAGCUAUAAAAGAGCUUCAUUUUCAACCAAGCAACAUGUCAUACGAGGUAAGGCUUUUAAAAACAAUAGAUGAAGUUUGUAAAAUGACACGUAAACUAGUUUCGAUUUCAACACUGACUUUCAUACGCAGUGAGACUAUUGUUGCGAUUGUUGGCAGCAUAGGCCAGGGUUAUUACGGUUAAGCGAAAAUUUUACAAUGUUCCCGUAUUUAACAAGACCUAUUUUACUAGCCUUGUUUAAAACCUGUAGACGGGAGAAAUGAAUCACGAUUUAUGUAUUAUUUUAAGCAAUUUUAUGAAAAGCCAUUCCUCAAAAUGGAGACGAGAAUAAUGGUCAUGAAUGAUAAAAUAUUUUAAGCGUUCAUCCACUUUUUCAAGACCUGAUAAGAAAUAGGGCAUAUCCAGAUACAGUGGAAGGUAUACUCAGCAAAUACAAUACACCCGGUCCCUAGAAAAACUGUUUAACUUAUCCAUACUAAAGAGAAGCUAAACGGACGGACUGUUAUUUCAUAAAAUUUAUGGAAAUUUGUAGGUUUGAGCCCCAGACAAAACUUAGAACCAAUCACUUUUCAUAAUAUAGAUGAUGAUAUUUUAUUUUAGACUGCAAAAAAGUCGGUUUUUUUCUCAAAAUCAGUAAAGAAAUCGAUAAAGCGUGGCGUAAGAGUCUUACGCGCGCGAGCGCGCGAGCCUCACACGCCCGUAGGGGCGUGUGAGGCGAGAGAAUUUUUAGCGUCUCUCCCCAGUCUCACUCUCUGUUUUCAGCCUUGUUUGACUGCUCGCGCGUACUUAAAUACGCAAAAAUACGGACUGUUUUGCAGUCUAAUUUUAUUUGAGCUCUCGUAGUAAAAACUUGCAGUUUGAAAUUUCCAUUUUUUUGCCUGUCAGACGCUUUAUCAUUACACCGAUGAAGCUGGCGCUGCUGGUAUCAAAAAGAGCAAAGUGAUAAAGGGAUCUACCGACAAAACACCCAUACAGAAUCGACGACAUGGCUGUGGUAAAUCGCUAGUUUGUUGACUUUUAUACCGUUCGGUAAUAUGAGUUUAAUCUCUAGAACUAGUAUUUACUACUAGAGAUAUUCUGAAUUUCCAACCAGUAUAAACUGUGCUUUCAAAAUGUCUGUUGUCUGUUUCACAGCUUGAAAAAUCUUUUUUUUUCUUUUCAGGAGUCUAUUUUACUUCCAUUGACCCAAGCAAUGACCCAAAGACAAUACUACUCAAUAACUACGAUGACAGAGGCUUUGUCAUAAACAGCCAAAGAUUAUGGGCCAAAAUCGAUUGGGUAAUCGAGGUCAAAAUGCAAAUGAAUAACAUAGAGAAAGUUUACGACUCUAACCGCGACGUAUACUUGUACAAGGGUGAUGUUCACCUUAAUAAUUAUCAGCAUAGUAUCUACAAAAACCCAAAAACUUAG